AUGGCUGAAGAAUCUCAUCCAGCAUACCUCUCGCCCAGCGAGCUGGGCACAAAAGACUACUGGGAAUCCUACUACGCCCGCACACUAGCCCACAUCUCGCACGAAGCUCCCAAGAAUGACCGCAAUGCCGAUGCCAAAGACCAAGAUGAUGACGAUGUCGCAUCUACAUCCGACCUAAACGAAGAAGACGACCCCGGCACAUCCUGGUUCUCCGAACACAACGCCCCGCAAAAAGUCCUCCACUUCCUCACGCGCAAGUCCUUCCCCUUGUCGCCGCGCAAUACACACAAAGGCCCGCGCCAGCCGAGUGUUCUAGAUCUCGGUACCGGGAAUGGGAGUAUGCUCGCGCUGCUUAAGAAGAAGGGCGGGUAUAGGGGGCGUCUUGUUGGCGUUGAUUACUCGCGCCAGAGUGUUGAGCUUGCGAGGGAGUUGCAGCGUGUGAGAGGGCAUUCGGCUUAUCGCACUGACUCUGAGGAUGAGGAUGAGGAUGAAUCUGAUGAUGAAGAGGAUGGUGAGGCUGAGGCUGAGGCUGGAUCCAAUGACUUGCCGGAACAAGAAACAUCCAUCCAGUUUGAGGAGUGGGAUAUUCUCGGCUCGAAGGCGAUUCUUUCUGAGACAGGUCUUGAGGUAUCACCCUCCUCUCCAUCGGAAACACUCCCCUGGUUCCCCUACCAUGAAGGUGGCUUCGACAUCGUGCUUGACAAGGGGACGUUUGAUGCUGUCUCGCUAGCUGAUGAUGCGAAGACCACCCGUGUCUGUGAGAGAUACCCUGAUAUCGCGCGGCGCUUAGUGCGGCGCGGUGGGUUCCUGAUUGUUACUACCUGCAAUUGGACCGAGGAAGAGCUGGUGCAUUGGUUCACUGGGGGUCGGACGAGUGGGGAUCGGUUGGCGGUUUGGGGCCGUGUUGAGUAUCCUCGGUUCCGGUUUGGAGGACAUGAGGGACAGGGUGUUUGUACGGUGUGUUUCCAGAGGCUUGGGGAUGCUUGA